ACUCUACUACACGAGGAAAGUGAACUUAUGUUGAGGAUAAUUCAUGUUUCUAUGGAUUGUGUCCUAUGUUUUAGAGUUAUGUGAUUUGUUUUUGUCCUUAGAGGAGAAAAUAUUAUGUCAGGUAAACCGGACGUGCAGUCAAUGACAGGCAUUGCACUACACUGCCGGACGCACGGCGACGCAAUACAUGUAGUCUUCCGCACGUCCAGACAGCAGGCUUAAUAUUUUCUCCCCUCAGAGAUGAAGCAUGUUUAUUAUUUUUCUAUCGACAUAUCCUUUCGCUCGUAAAAAUCCAAUUUUGGAAACUAUUUUUGAAGCGAAGUUCUUACCUUUGUAGUUUUUUCAGAAUCUCCUUCAAGGCAGGGGAUGCCUUGCUGAAACAUGCCAUCUUCUUGGAGUCCUCCGAAUAACUCAUGGAGAUCAUAGCAUUCAAAUUUAUACAGAAAACCUGGGGGCAAACGAUAAAAUGAUCCUUAGAGCUAUCCCUAGACGCCCAACAACGACGGAACCCGGCCCCCAAUCCGCCGCCCCGCCUACCCGCCUCCCCGCCGGCCUCGAGACGCGCUAUCUCCUUGCUCGCCUUCACUAAACCUCGCUUUCCUCUGAGGUAAUAUGAAUUCCGACAGAGGACACUAUUCUGUCUCCUAAAUCUGAAGCCUCUGCAGACUCUCACCACUCCAAACCCCCCAAGGUUUUCAAGAGAAUUUCUACAUCACUGAAAACAAUUUUUGUGUGGUUGCUAAAGUUUGUAUGGUUAUAAACCUGUUUUAGUGUUUGCGAAGUUAUCCCUGCUUUGUAUUCAUUUUUCUUGUUGAAGGCUUCAUCUUGAGACGGUAGUGUAUGGGUUUUUCAUACCAGUAAAAUGGGAAGGAAAGAUACAAGUAAAGAGAGAUCUCGGAGAAAUCCUGAUGAAGGCACCUCAGCACGGACUAGGGCUUUCAGCUUUGACGAGAUUAUGUCGAGGAGAAACAAGAAACUAAACUCAAAUACUUGUGAAAAAACCAGCAAAAUGCAGGGCUCUUUUGAAAAUGUUAUUAAUACCUUUGAUCAGACAAGCGAUGAUGACCGUCACCCAAUUAGGAGUGUUUCGAAGGACUUUGUGAAAGAGAGAUUCAGAAGGGAAGAAUCAAAUUCGAAAAGGGAGAGAGAUGUCAAAGAAAGAAAAAAUGAGAAGGUGAAAUCCAUCCAUGGUAAAAUCAUUAGAAACAAAGACAGCACGGAUGAAAAGUACAGCCGCCAUUCAUCUAAAAGUGUCAAGUUGCUCACCACUGAAUCUGAGAAGGCUUCGGGAAAGAAAAGAGUCAAAGAUUUUGAGGAGAAUGAUAAGUAUGAUGAGCAUUAUAAUAAUUCUAAGAGGGAUAGAAAAAAUGAAUAUUAUGAUGACUAUCAUAGUGAUGAUAAGGGUAGGUAUGAAAAUGAUGCCAAGAAAUAUAAGAAGCGAGAGUCUAGCAAAUUGCAGGAUCCAAAGUAUUCAGAAAAAGAAAGUCAUAAAAAAUACAGACUUGAACCUCUCUAUGAAGAUUCUAGAUUGAGAAGAAGAUCAAGGAGCUUGGAGUAUGAUCGAGAUGGAGAAAUGUAUGGUUCUCCAUCACAUUUGCCACGAAAACAUGCCUACAUCCGAAAUGAUCAAGGAGAGUCCCGUAACCACAAUUUAAAGAAAAAACAUUCAGAUGGUGAUCGAUACAAAACUUCAGGUGAUGGUGGCUAUUAUAGCGGACAUCACCGGAAACAUAGAAGUGGACUUGGUGGCUACUCACCCAGGAAGAGAAAAACUGAGUCGGCUGUUAAAACUCCAUCCCCAACAAUUCGAUCUCCGGAGAGGAAAAUUGCUACAUGGGAUCAGCUUCCCUCAGGAACGAACGUCACUAAUACUGUAUCCAUUUUUACGAGUUUCCCUCUGACUGCUAAUAAAGUUGUUGAUGGUGAAUCAGCUGUUGUCGUUACCCCAGCAACAACCAAAAAAAACCCUGCAACUUCAAUUGACUCUGUAUCUGUGGUGACAAAUUUGUCAAUCGACUCAGUUCAACUCACCCAAGCAACCCGUCCUUUGAGGAGGCUUUAUAUCGAAAACUUACCUUCUUCUGCCUCAGAAAAAUCAGUUAUUGAUUGCCUCAAUGAGUAUUUGGUGUCACCUGGUACUAAUUCUAUAAGAACAACUAGACCAUGCAUUAGUUGUAUUAUAAAUAAAGAUAAAGCUCAGGGUCUCGUUGAAUUUCUUACACCAGAGGAUGCUACUGCAGCUCUUUCUUUUGAUGGCAACUCCUUUGCCGGAUCGGUUCUCAAGUUGAGACGUCCUAAAGAUUUUGUUGAAGCAGCAAGUGGAGUCUCAGAGAAAACCGGGGAUGUAGUCAGAACAGUGUCCGAUGUUGUGAUCGAUUCCCCAUACAAGAUUUUUGUUGGCGGAAUUUCAGACAUUCUUUCAUCCAAAAUGUUUAUGGAAAUUGUGAGUUCUUUCGGGCCGUUGAAGGCUUUUCGCUUCAACUUCAAUAAGGAGCUUGAAUCUCCAUGCGCCUUUUUAGAGUAUGAAGAUCAUUCCAUCACUUCGAAGGCAUGUUCUGGGCUUAAUGGAUUGAUGUUGGGUGGCUCCAUUCUUACUGCGGUUAGAGCUUUUCCUGAUCUCAAUGGAAAGGAGGAUGAUGCAAGCCCUCCAUCAUAUUCAGUUCCUCCCCAUGCAAAACCACUUCUUUCUAACGUUACCCAAGUCCUUGGGCUUCAUAAUGUGAUCAAUCAGGAGGACCUCCAUACUCUGCCUGAAAAUGAAUUGGAGGAAACUUUGGAAGAUGUCCGAUUAGAGUGUGCAAGGUUUGGAACUAUUAAAGCUGUGCACUUGGUGAGGCACAGCAGCAGUAGCCAUGAGUCGAAGUCCGAAGCUGCUAAACCUUCAGAGUCUGCCAUCACUUCGGCUGCAUCAGAAUCUAAUGUCGACUCCCACAUCGGACAUACAGAGAAGGCCAAUGACAUACAUUUCGGCGAAAUUAGAGAAAACUGGAUUCCAAAUUCUGCCGAAGCGCCCGAAAAUGUCGGAGAAGACGUCGAGUUUGAAGAAAACAACAAGAGCUCAAGUGCUCCAAUGGAAGAAGGCCAGAACGAAGAAGAUUAUUUAAUAUCUAAACUUCCCACAUCGGCUGAAGAAAAACAUGAAGGAAAUGAAGAGCAGAAGUUUGUUGAAGAAAGAGAGUUGGAGAGUUCAGCAGAAGUGCAGGCUGAGGUCUCUGAAGCCUUUGCAGCUGGCUGUAUUAUUGUGGAGUUUCAGAGGAAAGAAGCAGCUUGCAUUGCAGCUCACUGUUUGCACCGGCGAUCGUACGGUGAUCGGACGGUUGAUAUUGAAUAUAUCCCUCUUGAUUUUUACCUUAAAAUAUUCUCAAAAUGAGUUUUUGAUGAGAUAAAAGAAUCAUUAGAUGAACCGUAAGAUCUUAAUGAUGAGAUGAUGUUGCUUAGUGAGACAGUUUAAUAGAUUUUAUUUUUACAGAUUAUAUAACUU